GGAAUAAAAGAGAUAUGUCCCUUCCGCGCCACCAUAUAUGUGACCUACAUACUGGGUAAACCUACACAGGCCUGUAAUUUACAAGAAGUAAGACCACCUUAGACUCGACCGCCAAUGGGUAGGCUGGGGUGUUAAUAUGAACAUGAAACCAAAGAAAAAGCGGAAAAUCUUCACCCCUAAGCGCCUAAACGAUGUGUUUAUUAAGACACUGCUACUCAGGUUGAACCUUGUGAAUAGUUUUCGUGGUUCUUUUUUCGCGCCUUGGUGAAGUACCUGCCUAAGACACCUCCAAUAUUGACCUCUUCCUCAUACCAAACGCUUCGCUGUAGACAACAAGGCCGCGAUCUCAUCGAAACCAUUCGACCCACGUCUUGUCAGUCUGGAAGGUGAAGUGUACACAGCCAAUCGGGUUUUAAGCCUUCCAUCACAUUCUGGAUAAAGUCUUGGAUUCUGACACACCCGUGCAAUCGUCAAUUUUUGGGGGAGAGUCAGUUGGGACCUCCAUGGCCGAAUAUUAGCGGCGCAAUGACCCAGGCGCCUCCAACCAAUUGGUCGCUGUGAGUUCAAGUGCAGUCCAUGCUUCGGUCAAUCCCGUGUGUGUCAAGACCCUGAUUUGGAUGUUCACCUGAGAAAGCUUGGGUAUUCAUUGGCACUUCCGGCCAUUCUUACCCACGUCAAAGAUUUGCACGUCUUCUGUAAAACCCUCUUCUUGAGUGGUGUGGUAACGAAAGAGGAACUUGACAAGUUUUUCCCCACCAGUCGACAGAAGGUGGCGUGUUUUCUCAUGAAUAAGGACGAGAAAGCCGUGUUCAAUUGUCUGGCUAAUCCAACCUUGACGGCAAAGGCAGAGAGCAUGAAAAAGAAAGCUUACAACUAUGUGGUAAACGUUGUGUUAGACCCUCCACAAAGACCACCAGACCCAAGCAGUGUGGGGAGGUACGCUCUGAUCGGUCUGGCCUCGGUCGGUGUGGGAAUAGCUGCCAUAGUGUCCGCACCGUUUGUGAUAGCAGCUGCUGGCUUUGGCAGUGGUGGGAUUGGCGCUGGCUCAUUUGCCGCCUGGUUCAUGUCCACGUAUGGUGGUGCCGUCUCCGCCGGAAGCCUGUGCGCCCUGCUCCAGUCAGCUGGAGCAGCCGGACUGGCAGCAUCCACAACCGCCGGGAUCGGGGCCGCAGGCACUGGCGCUUUCUUCGGAAUUCUGUCCGGAAUUGUGGCGAUUAACAAAAAGUUUAAGAAGAAAAGCGAAAGCCAGGGGUUUAGGGAUAACCUGUGAGGAUAACCUACGACGAUGUUUAGUUAAUGUGGCUGUACUGUGGUUGUGACAUUACAGAGAUGUUUAGGCAGCUGGCCGCACCGUGGCUGUGACCUUACAGAUAUGUUAAGGCGACGUGACUGCACCGUAGCUGUGACCUUACAAAGAUGUUAAGGCGACCUGGCGGCACCGUAGCUGUGACAUUACGGAGAUGUUAAGGCGACCUGUAUUUUUUUUGUAGAUAAAUGCUGAUUAAAUAGUUUCGCAUGAGGAUUUCAGCGGUGAGGCUAAGCCUGGGCAAUCAUACGUGCGUCGCAGAUGAUCUGAAGGUCAAGCUUGUCUAAUGUUGGCAGUAAUAGCGAGGGUAGAGAGCGGCACAUGCGCUGUAAGGAGUAAGGCACGCCCACUGCACAUCACUUUAAUCAUAAAUGAACCUGCCAACUUAUAUGUGUCCACAUGUAUACAGCGGCUUGAGGUCAGUGAGAAAACCGUUGAUUACUAUAGCAGUUUUGAACCAACCAAGUUCAUACUUAUACAGCAUUUUGACGUCAGCGAGAGGACGAUUGUGAAUGAUUUUUGUCACCCUACGUUAUAUCUUGGAUUUCCAGGCACGUCACACCUGUCCGUUUGAACAAGAUAUCCUGAAAAGUUUCGGGCGAUCAAGUUCACAUUUACACUUAUGCCUGAGAUCAGCAAAAGAACGGUUUUCUUUACCUUGCGUAAUUCAGUGUUGAUGUUGUCGGCCAUCUUGGAUUUAAUUGACUGUUUGGCUUUAGGAAUGGCUGUAUGGCUUAUAAUAGCAUUGUGGAGGGAGCUUUUGAAAAUCCUUUUAAUGGUUUAUUUUAUGGAUUUUAAGGUGUGAUUUUAAAAUGGAGAAUAUAA